CUUCUAGAACACUGGUGGCUUGACAAGAUGAAUUAAUCAAAGCUAUAUAAAGGUGUGUAGAUCUUCGUCCAUGAAAGCUUUUUUUCUUUUAAAACCUACUACGGUUAAGGUCUUGCUCAUGAAUAUUAAUGAGGCGCCUGACUGGACGCUUUCAGGGCGACGUCAUCCUGCUGUAAUUAAUAUUUAAGAGGUAUGCCUUCGCCGUAGUAGAAUGCGUAGUUUCUCUCCGCUCCUGGCGCAAGUAGACCAGUCCGUGUUUUUGCAAAAACCUCUCUCUAUCCAUUCUCAGCCUCCGAGCCCUCAAAAAAUCCACUAGCCUACCAAAAGGCAUUCAGGUCCAGAGGAGGAGCAGAGAUUUUCACUGAGAAACCUCCAUCCCUGUGUGAUCUCCUCUGACGGGAGAACUGAAGUGAUGGCGGGUUGCGCGGAGGAUUCGUGGAUUUUUGCUUGACAGGCACUAGAAUCUUCUGUUGGAUUAGUUGAUUGGUUUAUUUAUGGGGGAUUUGCAUUUUCCAACUGAAAAAUGCCUUUUGCCAAACGGAUCGUUGAGCCCCAGCUGCUGUGCAAACAUCCCAUCCCUAAUGAUGAAGGGUUACUGUUCGAGGAUCUGUGCUCCAUCACCAAUGUGGCUCUAUCCCGGACCCUGCGGCAGCUCUCCGACCUGUCCAAACACGCCUGCUCCUUAUUCCAGGAGCUUGAGAACGAAAUAGUCUCCACAAACCAACGGGUUUGGGCUCUGCAGAACAAAAUAGGCAAAAUCCAGCAAAUCGCCAUUGCGCUGGAUCCAAAACUGGAGGCUGUGCGUUUUAGGGGAAAAAUCUGUAUAGCGGUAUCAAAUCUGGACAUUGAGAGUAAACUGACAUCCCACUAUCAGGCUUCAUGGCAUCAACAACACAAUCUGUUCCACACUUGUACACGGCCACCAUGUCUAGAGGAUUUACACCGACAUGCCAAGCUCAACCUGCGGGCACUGCACAAAGAUCAGCAGCAGCGUCAGCGUUCAACCAGCAGAGAGCGUGGUCGGGUCACCAUAUCUAUAUCUGUGGCCCCGCCCAUGCCAACCUUCCCUUCAACUCACAAACUCAGAAGGCGGGAGCAGAGGGGCCGACACUCACGCCUGGAGAGGAGCAUUAGAGAGAGUGAUGUGCAAACUAUCCAGAGGAAGGAGAGACCAGUCAAAGAGGCUGAAUUCAAACCCGUCCUCAGAAAGUAUCAGCGCUCCCGUUCCUCCUCCCCUGUUCAGUGUUGUUACUUCAUUCCCUGGAUUAGAAAGGCUGGAACCAACACAGAAACAGAUGGCGAAUUGCCAGUGAUGAGCCAUAGGCCUAAAUGUCCUGUUCCCAAUGUACCUACCACCUUGGACAAACAGACCAACUGGUCCAAAGCCCUGCCUCUUCCCACGACAGAAGAGAGAAUAAAGAAUGACUCUCAAGUAAUUUCAUCCUGUAUAAUUCCGAUAAAUGUUUCUGGUGUUGGAUUUGACAGAGAAGCCAGUGCUCGCUGCUCUCUUGUUCACUCACAUUCAGUUCUACAGAGACGUCGAAAACUCAGGAGGCGAAAAACAAUAACUGGCAUCCCCAAACGUGUUCAACAAGACAUGGAUUCUGAUGAAUCACCUGUGGCUAGAGAGAGAACAGUUAUCAUCCACGCCAACCCACACAAGUCACUAUGGCAUGAGGAGCUCUCCCUGAGUGGCCGAGUAUUGCACACCAAGGACUCUGGCUGCCAGACAGAUGACUUCUUGAUUGCAGCUCCAUCCCGGAGGCGUAUCCGUGCCCAAAGGGGUCAGGGAAUUCCAACUUCUCUCUCACACUCCACUGGAAACAUCACCUCCCUGGCAGAUCGCUCUGAUACUGUGUAUGCUGCAGCAUCAGCCACUCGUGUUCGUUCUAGAAGCCUACCACGUGAGGGUGGCCGGCUUCUGGAUGAGGAUCAAGAUGACAGUGAUGAUGAUGAUGAUGAUGAUGAUGAAGAAGAUGAUGAAGAGGAAGACGAAGAACUCUCUCCAUAUGAAACCGAAGACUUCCUACCUGGUCCAGGACAGAGAAUUCCAAAGGAUGAGGAAGAAAGUACUGAUGACCAGGCCAUGCCAGAGCUACAGUUUGGAAGUCUCAAGCAUAUGCAGCAUCCAGAGAGCCCUGACCACACGUGGAUUGAAAGAGGCAGAUCCAGGCUCCCACGCAAAGCUGACAUGGGGAGCUGUGAGAUUUCCUCCAGUUCUGAUACUUUCAGCAGCCCCAUCCACUCUGCCUCCACUACAGGAGUGCUUGGCAGCCAGAUGGACCAUAAAGAGGAUCACCAGUCCUCAAGUGGCAACUGGAGUGGAAGCAGCUCCACUUGCCCAUCACAGACAUCUGAAACUCUACCACCUGCUGCCUCUCCUCCCCUGACUGCAUCCUCACACUGUGAUUCAGAACUAUCCCUCAAUACUGGGUCCCAUGUCAUUGAUGACACCACUGGCUUCAUGAUUGAUCAGUACCACAUUGACAAGCCACAAGGACAGGGGCAACGAUCCAGUUCUUUUACCUCAUCUGCUACUGAUCAGAUGGAUGAUGCAGGGGUCAGCACUGCUAGUGAUGGUGAGUGGAACUGCGCACAGGACCAACAAGAUCAGCCCUGCCCCCAAGACUUCAGCCCAAAGCAUUCCAGAGAGGAUGAGAGUGGCGUCAGCUGCCCUAGUUAUUCUAGUGGGGAAACUUACGAGAGCUUCAAUGACAAAGUAUCUGCUAGGAAAUCUGAGAUGCACUACAUCGUUGACACUGAAGGUUUCUAUUCCUCCAUGCACUUUGACGGUGGUGUUAAGGAUAGCAGAAGCUACUACAACUAUGCAGCCAUUGACCCUGACUGUGGCCCAAGUGGAAAUGUAGCACCUGGCAUGGGUGAAUUCCCUCAGUCAGAGUACAGAGCCACCAGGGCACUAGGCAGACCAUGUCUCUCCUUAAAAAAACCAAAGGCCAAGCCACCCCCACCAAAACGUAGCUCUUCAUUAAAGGAAACAAGCAGUAGUGUGAACAUUCUAGAGCAGAACGAACCAAAGAUUACUUGCGAGUUGCCGCUGCCCUUGUCUUCCAGAGAGAUGAAAUUGCAGCUGGACUUGGCUGGUUCUGCAGGGCACCUUGAGACUCCAGGUCUUGAGUCACUUGGCGCAUGGGGAGUGGAGAACGUCAGAGACAUACUUGACUGCUCCUCUCCAUUCAGUUCCUCGGACACACAUUCAUUCAAGGACGAAGGUGCUGUGCAAGCAGACUAUGCAGACCUCUGGCUCCAUAAUGACUUGAAAUCAAAUGACACAUACCGGUCUCUGUCCAGCUCUAGCACUGCUAUGGGUACAACUGUUAUUGAAUGCAUCAAGUUACCAGAAAGUGCAGAGAUGCAAGCCUGUGAACCCAGGUCCAGACCUACUUCCCCAACUCUUCCUCCGCCUGAAGCUGAGUUCAAGCUAGCUUCCCCUGAAAAGCUGGUAGGCUUGGCAUCCCCUUCCAGUGGAUAUUCUAGUCAAUCUGAAACACCUACAUCUUCCUUCCCUUCAGCUUUCUUCCCAGGGCCCCUUUCUCCAACCAGUGGCAAAAGGAAACCCAAAGUCCCUGAAAGGAAGUCCUCACUUUGUUCCCUACAACAGCAACAGCUUUCAGUCCGAAACUCAGGCAUUUCCUCCAGGAGGGAAACUGACUUCCAUGCCAUACCGCCCAGUCACCUCAACCUAAGUACUCUUCACAGCAAGCACUUUCCCCACAGAAAUCAGAUGCACAUCCUACACCAGAAUAAGCAGAAAGCUGCCAUAGCUGCAGCUGCUGCUGCAGAAGCUCGCAAUGCAGCUGCUUCUGCUGCUGCAGAGGCUCGCACUGCAUCUGCAGCUUCUACUUCAGAGAGUGCAACAAGCACAGUAACCAGCUCAGCCCAUUUGGCCAUCACUCCAACUGUUCUUAGAUCAGUUCAACUGCGAUCUAUUUGUAGAACAGCUGAAGGAAAACAAGGGUAUGAUCUGGCCAGUGCAAAUCCAGUAACUCGUCCCAAGUGUCCCACUAUAAUAACUGAUGCCCCAUCCUCUAACAACAGGCACACAAGGAAACCACCAGCCUACAAACCUCCUGUGGCACAGCUCUGUGAAUCACAGGUUCCACAAAAUGUUGUUCUUCCCCAGGAGGAAGUGAAAGUGAGGCAGGAAAGGCUUGGCCCUGGUACUUACUGGGCAAUGACUGCUUUCAGAACUCCUGUAGACCCUACUCCUGAAAAAGAAGACUCUUCUACAAGGUCAUCUCAAGGUCCUGAGCAAGAACAAGACAGCAAAAUGUAUCCAGAUGUGCAACUGACAUUGUCACCAGAGAGACUAAAACAAGAUCUAAAUCAACUAUUGUGUCCAGACCCAUCAGCACAUCCUGUGUGUUUGGCCAGCACAAUGCCACCCCCUGCUUACAGUGAAAUACAAAGGAGCAAUUUUGUACCGUGCAACAGUCCUGAAAAAGUGCCUGUUUCAACUCAAGAGGCAUCGCACACUUACACAAUCAGCGAUGUACAAGUCCGAGAAGAGGAUUAUGAGACAUCAGGUGUCACAACCAGAAGUGCCUCACAGGACAUACGGGAAGACGGGUCGACCCCGGACACAGAGGACUACUUCAGCAAGGAAUCAACUCCCAGUGACAAUUCAUCCUCUCCUUUGACUGAUGACUCUAAACCUGAUGAUGAUGAUGUUUUCCCAUCCCCCAACAAACUACGCACAACUGAAGAUCUGUUUGCCAUGAUACACAGAUCUAAAAGGAAAGUGCUGGGACGUAAAGACUCCGGGGAGAUGAGCGGAAAAAGUCGUCCUGGUGUAGCACCUGCAACCGCCCCUGUCAGCAAUCCUACUGUUUGCCCGGUCACCCCAGCUGCCUCAAUCCCUUCAAACAUCUCCCAACGAGCCUCAGGACCCAUCUACAGGAGUGCCAAAAAGUCCAGUACAUCCAGUGAGGAGUUCAAACUCCUGCUGCUAAAGAAGGGUAGUCGCUCAGACUCGAGUUACCGCAUGUCUGCUACAGAGAUCCUUAAGAGCCCCAUCACACCCAAGACUCAAGGAGAGCUGCCAUUAGAGGCUGCAAGGCACCCAGAGGAGCCCCCCUCACUCCUACAGGAUUUCACUAGCAGUGGCGAUCCACUUCUAAGCCAGUUCCCUAAGGCCAACAGUGAAGGAUUCUCCCCAAAAACACUUACCAUGUCAGCUGCCUCCAGACAGGGACGUUCCAGAAUUCCACCUGCAGCAAAUAGCAGUCGCUAUAGCACGCGGAGUCGGCUGUACACUGCCCCAAUGCAGGCCAUAUCAGAGGGGGAGACUGAGAACUCAGAUGGAAGUCCACACGAUGACCGCUCCUCUUAGUGGUAUAAUAAUUUUUUUAACCACUUAUAUAAAAAUCAUAAACCUUUUAUAAUAUGAAAACAUUCUAUUUGAACUGAAUGAGAGUGCUGUUCGGAUAUUAUGAUCUACCUUAGUUUUCUCCCCUGACGUUUGUGGUUUGAAAAAAAAAAUCAUUGAUUUCUUCAAGCUCCUUUUGUAGUCUACAGGUCAGCUGAAAACUUGGAAGAACUUGAAUUUUUUGCAUUACCAUUUAUCAUUGAGAGCUACUGUAUGAUUUUCAUCAUAACCCCAUGCUUUUAUGCUUACAAAAUGAGAUGGUAAAAUUAGUUGUAAUUCUUUAAUAAGAUAUUGAAAAUGUAACAUUUUAAUAUAGAAAACAAUAAUAUUUCCAUCAUCCUUCAAAAAUUUACAUGAAUAUGUGGAAGCUUUUCUAAGGACAAUCGCACCAUGGUGUGCAAGGUGAAAGACUUCUGAGAAAAAUAAAGCUAAAAAUGUUAUGAACAGUUCUAAUGGUGAACUGUUUUGUAAAAUCAGUUCUUUUGCACUUAAUUUGGUUAAUUAUACCUUGAAAUAUACAACCUGGAUGCACUGUUAAAUAACAAGGGAAGCAGACAAAAACAAUCCAGUUUUAGUUUUUAGUUUAGUGUAAUGUAGUGGGACGUGUAAUGUGGUGUGUGUGUGUGUGUGUGUGUGUGUGUGUGUGUGUGUGUGUGUGUGUGUGUGAUGCUGUUUGAAUCUCAAACUGUCAAAAAGCAUUCCACCAACUGUUACAAAAACUAAUUUAAUCCUUUUUACCUAUGUUUAGUUUACUUUUCUUCAUAGACCCAAAUUGGGUUGUGUAUUUUAGUCACAAUUCAGGUGUCACCAUGUACAGUAUAUUUACUUAACCAACAAACAGAGACAAUUUUUGUGACUGCAGAAGAAAUGAGGACCUCAAUCUCAAUGUAUUCUGUGAAUACCUUUAAAAUCAAGUAUACUGUUCAUUUGAAGAAUAAUUGAUUCACUUUUAAAGUGAAACUCUUCAGUUGGAGGUCUUCUCAGAGUUCAAAACUCAUAGAAAUUAGCUAGAUUUGUCAAGCCUACACUGUGCCACUGAAGGGAAGGUGACAAGCUGUGAAAAGAUAGAUUUUUGGUCAUCCAUCUCUAAUAAGCGCUCUUUCACUGUGGUUGUAAUUCAUUUUCUUCAUCCUCUGUACAGCAUGCAAUAAAACACUAGAACAUGUCACAUCUCCACUUAAAAUGUAUUUCCACCUUCACUUGAAUUUGUGAGUAUGACUAUGUGCCAUGUUCAGUAAAUGUACAAAAUGUAUAAGAUUUGUUGAAAUUUGCAGUUUUAUGUCACUGUAUACACAGUUUGAGCUUUUUCCCUUAAGUGGAGGAACUGGACAAUCUAAUCUAAAGAAGCACUAUUUGUGUACAGCUGAGUUUUGAAUGAACAGUUUGAGGCAUAAGAGGGUAUUAUGGGGCCAUUUUGUUUAAAUGAUGAUAGAAUUAUAUUUAGGGAUUAAUGUAAUGUGAGUACUGAUAUUAUAUCUCAACCUCUGGGAUAUAGAUAAAAUGACUGCAUAAAGGCAGCAGUGUUUCAUUGCUCAUCUGUAUAUACAUGGAUGAUUAACAUAAUAUUUCAGCCUUUUUUCUGAAUUGUUGUUUAUUUGUCAUGUACUGUCAUGUCCAAGAGGUUUAAGAAUUGAUUCUUUUUGUUUUAUACCGGUAGAGAAUACUUCCAGAAUAUUCUGAGACACUAACAGAACUAACAAAUAUUUUCUCAUAAAAUAGGAGAUGCAAUGUGCCAUGUCUUAUUUCUCUUUUAAGACAACCCUGUCUGAUGGUUGUCACAAUUAGCUGUGCUUUAUAUUUACAGAAUUUUGGAAGUCUGCUUUUUUUUUUCUUUUGUGUCCAUGUACUAGAACGAAAUCUAUAAAAUCUUCUUUUAGAUUGCAACAUUUAAUAAUAAAAAAGUAUUUUUAAUUAUGGGAUAUUUUAUCCAGAGGAUUAUUUUGUUAAUAAAUUUGGAAAAUAAUAACGAUAAAGCUUUAUUUAAAUAAAAUAAGAAAAAAUCAUAUCAGGGGUGUAUCAGCCAAUGAUGAAGAUACCGAACUUGUAAACAUUUCUAAUUAGCUGUAAACUUGCUUUCUGAACAUAUGAGUUAUUCUCUAUGUUACACAACUAUAGUUAAAUUUUUUGGUGCUUUGAAUUCUAUACCCAGGCCAUAUUCUGUCAUUUUUGCCAUGGGGGGGGGGGGGGGGUCAUUGACAUCAUCGGUUUUCUUUUCAUACUUUUCUCUCUGUGUUUGUGAUGCAACUGGAGUCAUGAAAACAACACUCGUG